AUGGCUGAACAAAUAAAGAGGACCGUGUCUCAUGAGGACUUACCAGGUGCAAAAAAAUUGAAGCCAACUCUCAUUCCUGCGCUCACUGAAGAGGCGGUAGGAAUAUUAAAGUUCAUCAACCCAACUGCAGUAGGAUUCCAAGGCGCUUUAAAAACUUUGCAUUCCGACUUUCAAGUUAAUGAGAUUGAACCCAGUGGUAAUGUGGUACAUUUGACUGAUCUUGGAAUUGACAUGGGAAAGUCUAAAAAGGAAAAGAAGCUUGAGCAAAAAGCUAAAGAGGCCCAAGAGUUUGAGGGCAAGACAGAAGAAGAAAUUGCCGCUAUUAAGGCCGAAAGGGCCCAGGCUCAAGAAAAUGAGCCUAAAUAUCAGCUAAGUCAAGAAGAUAAAACGGAGUUGCUUGACUACAUUAGUGAGGAAGAGUUGAAUCAAAUAGAGCAACUAUUUCAUACAGGAAGUCACAUGGAGACAAAAACCUCUAUUGAUGAUAAGGAGAGACGAGGAAAAUUACACCAGCUAUUACGUAGAGCGUUCCAGGGUAAGUUGGAAAGUACGACAUCUGGACAAAACACUUUUAAAAUAGUGAUAGCCAAGAAUAGAGGCAAUAAUAGACGUGGUGGUGACGCAAAUGUGAUGGACAGCAUGCACCAUGUCGAUGAAAAUGGAGUCAUCAAUUACGGACUUGGACCCUUCAAACCAUAUUUACACUUUGCAGUAUUCAAACAAAACAGGGACACCAUGGAUGUUGCUAGUAAUAUUGCCAAGAUGUUGCGUAUUUCCCCAAAGACAAUCAAUUACGCAGGAACAAAGGACCGUCGUGGUGUAACUUGCCAAAAGUUUUGUAUCCACCGUGGUAAAGUUCUCCGUGUCAGUGCAUUGAAUAAGAUGAAAAAUUCCAACUUCAAGUUAGGGUCGUUUACGUACGAAGAUUAUCCUUUGAAAUUAGGAGACUUGUCCGGUAACGAAUUCACCAUCACCUUGCGUGACGUGAAGCCGGCUGUUGAUGAAAAUUCAAAUGCAGACUUGCGUGCAAUUGUUGCCCAGUGCUUUGAUAGUUUUGAUAAGCAUGGGUUCAUAAACUACUUUGGGAUGCAAAGAUUUGGAUCAUUUUCAGUACCGACGCAUCAGCUUGGUAUUGCAUUGCUACAAGAAGAUUGGGAAAAGUGUGUUGAACUAUUAUUGUCUGAGCAGGAAGUUUGUGCUCCAGCAACAGUGGAGAUGAGGAAAAUCUGGAAAGAAAAGAGAGACGCAAAAGAAGCAGCAAAGGCAUUACCCAGACACUUUGUUGCUGAGAACUCCAUUUUAAAGGUUUUAUCCAAUGAGCUGCAGGAUGCUGAGAAGAAAUACAAACCCCACUCAUAUUUGAAAAGUCUCUUGGCCAUACCUAAAAAUUUAAGGAUGAUGUAUGUCCAUGCGUAUCAAUCAUAUGUGUGGAAUCUUGUUGCAUCAAAGAGAAUAGAAUUGUUUGGUCUUGAAGCACAAGAAGGUGAUUUGGUUUUUGAUGAACAAACCAAUGAGACAACAAGUGUCGAUGAUGGGUUCGAAGAGGAUGUAGCUGUAACUAAUACAGUGGCAGUGAAAGCAUUGACAAAAGAUGAUAUCGAGAGUGGGAAGUACUCAAUCUUUGACGUUGUUUUGCCCAGUCCUGGUUUCAAAAUCCAAUAUCCGACGAAUGAGAAAUUAAGACAGGUUUAUAUCGACACCAUGGCCGAGAAUAAUCUUGACCCCUUCAACUUGAUGAGAAAGAAUAAAGAGUUUUCUUUGACAGGUGCUUAUAGAACUUUACUAUCCAAACCUAAGGAUCUCUCAUAUGAGAUAAUCGAGUACAAAGUGGAUGGUAAGCCAUUGGUUAGGACAGAUUUGGAGUUGUUAGAGAUGAAUAAGGAGGCAGCUAAUGACGAAACCGAGAAAGAGAAAGAAUCGAGCUUAACGAACAGAAUUAUCAAAUAUGACGAGGAUGCAGUUGAUAGCUCCACCGAGCCUAAGUUUGCUGUUGUUUUGAAGAUGAAGUUGGACGUUAGUUCCUAUGCCACUAUGGCAUUAAGGGAGUUUAUGAGGAUAGACACAUCUAGAUAUGCCCAAAUGAAGUAA